UGUUUCCGUUGUCAAGGAAGCGCGUCUGUGGUUGUCAACCAUGCAAAAACUAUUAGUUGUGCGCGUUUGUAUGUACUUUAAACGAUAAUAUAAGGCUUUUAGAUAAAAAUAAUAAUAAUACUAAUAGAUUAAUAUGUCCGAAUUGUGAGUAUGUAUUAUUCUUUGCAAAAGUGGUAAAAUUAUACUUUAAAGAAGAGACUGUGGAAUUUUGAAAGCUAGGUGACGUUAGCACUCCAAGCUGGAUGAUCGUAAACAGUAGCACUUUAACAGAAGGUUAACAGAAUGAUCCUUCAUCAUCUUCAUCAUCGUUAUCAUCUUCAUCAUCAUGCCGCUUUUUAGUGGCACGCCAGAAAUCCAAAGCAGGUCUGAAAAAGCUCUUCAUCAGGAUGCAAAUGCCAAAGGACACACUUUUUUAUUCAAAUAUUAGAGCAGGUCUGGAUGGAGAGGCUGAAGAUGACAGGCAGCUUCUGGUCCGGGAACAAAAGGCUUGUCGAGCUCGAGCCCGUCAGUACUCCGUGGAAACAAAUCGGCGUAGAAAGGCACUGGAGGACAAGAGGAGGCAGCGGGACAUUCAGGAGCAGAGAUUGAGGGAGAAAAUCCUCCAGAAGCGUAAGCAGAGACUGCAGGAAGCCACAGAGCGUUUUCAGAGGUCUCACCUCCCUUUGUCCCAGAGGACAAGACCAGCCUCAACUACAAGAGCACCUAACUUGGAUGAAGCACUUAUUUGUAUUCAGGGGGACCAAACCCCCUACACUCAUGGCUCUUCGUUCUUUUCUGGCACUUCUACCCUCAGCAGCUGCAAUCCCUCCCCUAAACCCCCAGGGGGCUCUAGCGGUCCUCGGAGCCUCCGCACAGUUUCUGCAGCUCAGUCCUUUGGCAAGCUCAUACAGGAGAGAAGCCUGAGUGACUUUAAAACCAGCCAGCCUCUCUUUAUGAAACAGCUGCAGGGGAAUCUAGUAAAGUCUCAAGAACAAACACAGGACCACAUUGUCACUCAAAUUCGCCAUGCAGAAAGCCUGUCGAGCCUGGACAGUUUGGAGAAAGAGGUUCUACAUCAUGGCUCUGGCAGUAAUCCUGACAGCCUGGAUCCACCAGAAGUCCAUGACACCAGAAUACUAUCAAUACAAAGGCAGCAAAACUACACAAAUCCACCAAAGAGCUUCCUGGAGAAGGCAAUAAGUCAGCAGGUUCUGCCUUGUUCUUCCAGUUCUUCAUCACCUUCACCUGUGGAAGAUGAAACAUCUCAUGAGGACCAGAGUGUCAAGCAUUUCUUAAAAGAAGUAGAACAGUGCAAUAUAACAGGCCAGUCCCAGAUGUCCAAAAUCCAAACUACACUUCCCUGCCAAAUGCAGGUUCUUGCAGGUGCUUCUGGACAUACAGUUCAGCAGCAUGGAACAACCACUCAGGGAAGCAUAUUGUGGGACAAAAGCACAGUAGCAGCCCCCUGCAAAAUGCAGACAGCCUCGGAUACUAUACCUCUGGAAUACUUAAGCAUGGAUCAACGGUCCAACAAUGGUGCUGGUGAGUUCUCGAAAUGCACUAAGCAAGCUCCCCAGACAGCCGGCAGAUGUUUAUACAGCGGUGCUUCUGAUCUGAACAAAGUCUCUCCCAGUUUGGAGAACUCGGUCUCACAGCCGGUAGAAGCGGAGAAUUUGAGAAAUAUUGAAAAAUAUAACACAGCAGAUGAUCCAAACUUAACAGAUGAAAACAGUGACAGCAGACUGGCAAAGGACAUUUCGCCUAGUUCUUCCAAACUGAUAAAGGAGCCAGAUGAAUCACUUUUGGACUCUUUGACCAACCAUAUUGACCUCAAGAGCCGCAAAGUCCGAUUUCUGAAAGGAAUCCUUAAAAAUUGUAUAGAGGACGGAGAUGCCAAUUUGAGUUACACCCCAGGCCAUUUUGCUUUCAGCAAACAAAUGGCCAUAGCUGUUAGGGACAGUCUGGAGCUCACUCGGUCUAAAGGCUCUGACAAAGAGAGCAACAAGUGCAUUAAGAAGAAACUUCGCUGGUUAGAUGAAGUGCAUAUUGAUGGAGGCGAAAAUAAGCUGGCAGAAACUAAAAGCAGAUCAACUCAACAAGCUCAACAGCCUUUAGUGAAUCAGCAGCAGGGAUCGUAUCUUUCAAGAUAUAUGAACAUACCUGCAGAUAUACCAAAGAACAAUAUGACUUCCUCUGGCCCAGGUGAGCCCAACUCAACAAAACAAGCUUGGUCAGAUGUUGGGUGUCAGAAGGAAAAGAAGCAGGAACCGACAGGGGUAUCCAGAGAAGAUAAAGCAGCUUCCUGUGCUGCUGGACUGGUUCCCCAACAUGCACACUCAGCCAAAACUGGCAUAGGCACUAUUUCUUCCCACGCCCGGAGGGGUAUCAUCAUCAGGCCGCAAUCUUCCAGUCAGAAUCUUCAUAUGAGCAGAAUCCAAGGGAAGGUCCUGGUGCCUCGGCCUCCUCCAAGACCUGAGGUAACCAUCAAAACAGGCAACACCGAUGAAUGUUCCCAAGAAAAAGCUUGUCUGGCAGUGGAGCAGAUUCUAUAUAAGGACUAUACAGAAGUUCAGCCUGCACCUCAGAGCAAGAUUCUCAAAACAGAUGAUGGCACUAUAUUGGCCCCAGUUCAACAUUACUAUGGUAACUACAACCUGUGCCAAUCAGAUGGGCAGGUAGGCAGCACUACUAUCUGCUUUCAGAAAGGUAUCUUGGAUCGUACACCAACUGAUGAUGAGAUUUCCCUGCUCUGGAAUGGAGUGCGUACCGCUCUAGCCAGCAAAGAUGGUGACUCUCGAAGCUUGCAGACUCACAAUGGACCAUUGUCUGCUUUGCCUCAAACUCAUGCCAAUUUGUCCCAUGUUACUAUCGAGGGUGAUAGCCUGUUCAGUGGUGUCAAGGCAGUUGCAAGAAUGGGUGGCUUUUUCCUGUCAUCUAACCAUGCAAGAAGUCCAGUGAGACGACCUGUUCUGGAGAAUAAUAUGGCGAAAAACAGAACUCCAGCAUUAGGUUACAGGAAACCCCCUGUUCUUUAUCAGGCUACCGUGCCAAUAACUGCAAGCAAAACUGACCAGAUGGUGCAUGAUCAAGUUUCUGAUGCGAUAAACGGUGAUGAGCAGGUCGCUUUACACUCAGCUCAUUUCCAAAGAGCUGCUGAGGUCCUGCAGUCACAACGAGGACUCAGUGCUCUCUCCCUGGAGGAACAGAAACUCCUGCAAUCACUUGAUAGGCUCAACCAACGCCUGCAGUAUGUGCAAGAUGUGGCUGCAAGGAACCCAGGACUGAAAGGCAUCGUUGCCUUGGACCCGGCAUAUAACCAGUCUCCCCAGCCUGGCGAGCGUUCACGUGCCACCCUGCACAGGUACCACAGUGGCCCAGCUGACAGCCGCACCCGCCCUCACAGACGCUACUGACUUCACCGCCCUUCUAUCCCAGCGUGUCCCUUUAAUCCUUACUGACAAGCACUUUAUCACUCUUACACUCACUUGAAACCAGCAGGUAGUCAGUAUUACACCACUGACAACCUUUUUAGAUGUUUUUUAGAACAGACAUUUUUGUUCUUUUUCUGAAUUAAAAAAAGGUCAGACAAAUUUGCGAUGUUGAGUGGUGUGAAAAAGUGUGUGCCCUCUUCCUUUUUUUUUUUUUGCAGGUUUGUCACACUUUAAUGUUUCAGAUCAUCAAACAAAUGUAAAUAUUAGUCAAAGAUAACACACGUAAACAUUACAUGCAGUUUUUUAAAGAAGGUUAUUAUUAUUAAAGAAAAACAAAAU